AUUAACUAAUAUUAGCAGGUGUCAAUGAAAAAAAUGUAAUUCCAUCAAGGUCAGGUCGAUUUUAUGAAUAAAUAAGAAAAAGAGAAAAUAGUAAAUCGGAAUUCAGUGGUGGCGCCGCUACCUUCGCCGACGCAGCGCGCGGUGAAAUUGAGUAGACAAAUGAGUAUGUUGGAACCAAAGAGGCUGAAUAAAGCAGUGGUUUCUGAAUCCCUUAUCCCUCACCCUUCUCCAGCUAGCCUCCAGCCCACCCGUCUUGCCCUCCAUGUAUCUCCUUCUCUCACUGCAAUCAUUCUCCUCAUACAUUUACAUUUGUUGUUGUUGUUGUUGCAGGCCAAUGGCGACGCCUCAUCUUGCUCUGUUUAUAUCGCUUCCGGCUCCCACAUUUACAAACUCCGGAUUGCAUUGGAGGAUUCAGUUGUUGGUCAAGGAAAGCAGAAUCUCCUAAUCCCGGAACGAACUGAGGUAUUGGAGUCAUUCGUGGUGGAUCGAUGUCCUCAUAGGUCAGAAAUCCAGAGUAUUGCGCUUGCUGAAACGGAAAAUAAGGGCUGCUCACUCUUGGGAAGUGUAGACUCUCAUGGUGACCUUAUUGUUUCUCAACUGGAUGCUUGCAAUACAGAUAUAGACGGGUCUACAUAUUCAGUAUCUCCCCGAGAUUGUGGUGUUGGAGAAGGAAGUUGGGCAGGCCUUUGCUUUAAUCCAAGUCAAUUGUCUAUGGCAGCUACUGCCCGCAGCUUUUGCAAGAGCAUUGAUGUUUAUGAUCACGAUAUUCACCUUCGCACUUUACGUACAUUGGGGUUCCCAACCUCACUAAUUUUCAUGGACAGUUUUAAGGAGAGUGGAGGUUCAAUGUUAGCCACCACAGAAGGUUCCCAGCUAAGUGUAUGGGAUUUACGAGUGAAAGAAAAUGGGGGCUGUGUGCAAAGAAUCAUGGGAUCUGUUGGAAACAUGUUAUAUACAGUCAGUAUAUCUUCAUCUGGUAAUAUCGCUGUUGGUGGUGAAGACCGCACUGUGACUGUCUAUGAUCCACGCAGAUGGUGUGCAACAUCUAGAUGGCUGAACUGUUCAAAAUAUGAGAUAACCGGACUUUGUUUUUCUUCUGUUGAUCCGAAUUAUCUAUAUGUACAAGGAGUUGAUUAUGAGAUUAUGUGUGGACAAUGGAGAGAAAGUGAGAAGGCAUUUUCAUUUAGAGGGGACUCAAACUGGCUUGGAUUUAGCAAGUGUUCCGAUAGGGAUAUUUUGGCUGGAUGGUGCGACUCGGGGAGCAUAUUUGUUGCUGAUGCGUCUGAGAAGAACGUUGAAAUGCAUGUCUGAGCGCAGCUGGAAAAUUAUCAGCCUGAAUCGCGAAUCAUGUAUCGUCGUCUGAGUUAAGAGUAGUGUCGGCCAUGGAAGAGUGGGGGAAGUUUGUCAUAGUUUUGUGACUUUUACCUAACACAAACGUUUAAGGAUUCUGAUGAGUCAAGAUCACCCAAAUGUCUGAAUUUAAAGACAUUUUUGUAUUUCUGAAUGUCUAGUUAGUAGUAUUUGGAUUCCCUAAUCAAGAUUCCCGCUUCCCAUAAAACGAUAUUUGUCGUGUGAAACACUCCCUCCUUCGCAAGUUAAUCGAAAUGUUUUUUUGUUGUAAGGUUUAAA